UGUGAUUUUGGGUAAGGAAAACAAAUUAGAGUUACAAACUCCUUCCAUCAAUGGCCGCCUCAACCGGUUCCUCCAAUCCAUCUCCGGCUCCACUCCCUCCUAAAAUCCUGCUAGCAAAGCCGGGACUCGUCACGGGCGGCCCAGUCUCCGGUAAAUUCGGCCGUGGCGAUGACGAUACGGCGUCGCAUCGGUCCCGCCUCCCUCCAAUUGGAUCGCUCAACCUCCUCUCCGAUUCAUGGGACUUCCACAUCGAUCGCUUUCUCCCGUUUCUAACAGAGAAUACAGAUUUUACUGUGGUGGGAGUGAUUGGUCCACCUGGGGUUGGCAAGUCCACCAUUAUGAACGAGCUUUAUGGUUUUGAUGCUUCUUCACCUGGAAUGCUACCGCCAUUUGCGAUAGAGACAGAAGAAAGUAGAGCAAUGGCAAGACAUUGUAGUGUGGGCAUUGAACCUAGGAUUUCUUCCGAACGCAUUAUACUUCUCGAUACCCAGCCCGUAUUUAGUCCUUCUGUUUUAGCUGAGAUUAUGAGACCUGAUGGCUCAUCCACAAUAUCAGUUCUAAGUGGUGAGUCUCUGUCUGCUGAAUUGGCUCAUGAACUUAUGAGUAUUCAGCUUGGUGUUCUCCUGGCAUCUAUUUGUCACGUAUUGCUUGUGGUAUCAGAUGGAGUUCAUGAUAACAACAUGUGGCGUUUGAUGUUGACUGUGGACUUGUUGAAACAUGGCAUACCUGACCCAUCUUCACUAAUCCCUGCUCAUUCCCUGAGCUCAAAUUUGGGGCCUGAAAAGGAAAACAAAGAUAAAGUUCAUGAAAGUGAAGAGUAUAUGGCUGCUCCAGUUUUUGUCCAUACAAAACUGCAUGACCAAGAUCUCACUCCACAUAAUAUUGUCCAAUUGAGGAAGGCCAUUUUACAAUAUUUUGGCAUGUCUUCCUUCAUGAGAGACAAAUCUGGAAAUAUGGCCAAAGAUCAACCAUUUUCUUCUGUGGCUUCUGGUGCUCAGAGUAUUGAUCCUGAUUCUGUGUGGCCAAAUUUGUUUGUAAUCCCUCUGAAGAACAAGGAUGAAUCUCCGAGAGGUCAAUAUGAAAGUUACAAUACCUCACUAUGGAAAAUGCGGGAUCAGGUCUCUCUCUCAUGUGCGCGCACACACACACACAUUGAUUUUCUCUCACAGGUUCUAUCCAUGAAGUGCCCUUCAUUUGCAAGGACUGUUUCUGAACGUGAUUGGUUGAAGAAUGUGGCAAAGAUUUGGGAACUUGUGAAGAGCUCCCCGAUAAUUGCAGAGUACAGCAAAACACUUCAAAGUUCUGGCCUGUUUAGGAGGUAGCCAGCCCAAGAAUGAAAACAGCAAAACGCUUCAAGGUACCCAUGUUUAGGAGGUAGCCAGCCCAUGUAUUUCAUUUGUCUUUGCAAGAUCAUACAAUGGGCGGUUUAUUGAUUAUUUUCCCUAUUUAGCUUGUUUUGAUGUCUUAUAUGUGUACACGAGCAUGUGCUUGGUUUCCUUGUUGGGUCAAAUGCUUGGCUUGUGAAGAUGAUGGGCUGAUGACAAAUGAAAUCUUCUUUUUCCU